UCCAACUCCUCCCCUCCCUCAAUCCUCCCACGCCUCUUCCCGCCUUUCCCCCCUCCACUUACCGCCCCUCCCCCAACUCCUUUCUUCCCUUCCUGCCCCUUCUCUUCUCCAACUCCUCCUCCCUUCUCCUACACCCCGCUUUUCCUCCUCUUCCUUCCCUUCUUGCCCCCAUCCGCCUCCUCCACGUCCUCCGACGAGGAGGCGGCAGGACACGUACCAGCGCGGUGACGUCAGCGCACGCACAGGCCGCGGAGACCGGCCGGCUGCGCCCUAUGGCCUCGAGACCCAGACCGGGCUCGGCGGCCCGAGGCCACGCCCAGGAGGCGGGGCCAGAGAGCCUAAGCGCCCGGAAGUGUGGGUGGUACCAGGGGCCUCCGCCACAGCUCUCGCGAGAGCACCCAUAGAUGACGCGCAGGAGGGCGGGCGCGCUAGGGCGCCGGCGGGUGUGUUUGAAUCUGGUCCGAGCGCGGGAAACGGCGGGUCUGGGGCGAGGACUAGGGCUGAGCCAUACAGCAUCCCAGCAUUGGACCUGGGACUGACGAGAGACCCUGGGCUUGCUGAAUCAGGCAGGACUCCAGCCUUGAAGCCAGGACUGACCAGAGAGUCCCUACACUAGACCCAGGACUCACUCAGGACACUGAACUGAUCCAGACAGGACUCUGGACCUGGAAUGAUCUAGGGAAGAUCUGUCCCUGAACCUGGGACUGACCUAGCAAGGACCCAGCUCUGGAUCUGGGUCUGACUCAAAUAGGACCCUGCCCUGGAACUGGAAAAAGUGACAAGAAGCAGGUCAAAGGGGAGGGUCUCAGAUCUGCCUGUCUGGGGCAUGCGACUCCAUGUGCUCACUGCGUCUUAUUGUCUAGGUUUCUGAAGCGGUGAACGGUGCUGACCAUUAUCAUUCUUCACGCUUGUUGCUGGGCAGUCUCUGUUCCCUCUUCAGCGUCUUGGUCUGUAGCAGUUUUUGCCCAUUGUUCAGCCACUUGAGUUGAGGGAUUAGAUACUGUAUGUAGGUUUACAUAUGUGGGGACUCAUCAGACUGAGGCUGCAUUCUACUUUUGUUUGUUCACUUUAGAAAUUAAAACCUAGGGCAGGGUUGUGGCUCAGCGGUAGAGCGCUCACCUAGCAUGGGCGAGGCCCUGGGUUCAAUCUCCAGCACCACACAAAAAUAGAUAAAUAAAGAUAUUGUGUUCAACUACAAACAAAAAAAGAGAUGACAUUAAAAACUAGGAUUGUAUGUUAAGAUGACUUCCUAUCCUCAAAAGUAUCACCAGUGAUUUUCAUAUUGCUCUAUUUAUAGCAAUGCAAGUUAUGUUUUAAAUUUUUAUGGCUUUUUUUAUUAGAGCAUUAUAGUUGUACAUAGUAUUUGGGUUCAUUUUGACAAAACAAUACAUACCAGCAAUUUGAUUUACAUCCCCAUUUUCCCUCUUUCCCUUGCCUCCUCUUUUUCCCAUUCUCUCCUCUUUUACUGAUCUUCCUGUCAUUCCUAAAGUGAGGGGUUCUGUUGCAAAUAUGUCCCAUCAUUUGCUAUUACUUCAUCUUUAGGUGACAUAUUUAGAGUAGGGCGUGGCUAGCAGUGGUGUAAAUGUAAAUAGGAUUCAUUGGGAAGGAGGGUGCAGGGAGUCCCCUGAGCUCUAAUCACAGGGGCAGGGAGGAGGGCACUGAGGUUGGGCAUGCCUAAUGCACCUCUAAACAAGUUUCCAGGUGUCCCCAGAGCCACCUGGUCCUCACUUGGAAUAACAAGCUCAUGCUGAAUAAUAAGAGACUGUAGGUAGGAUCCUCCUGUUGGGAAAAUGACCCUUUAGAAAGGAAGAAUCUUCAGAAUUCAUCAUUGGGGACCAACCUGUUCUGCUGUUGAGUUAACUCAGAUCUACCUGAGCUGGCUUCUCAACACUAAAAGGGGUAGGAGGGUUACAAAACAAAUGCCAUUUGAACAGUUUCAUCCGUCAUGGAAAAGCGUGAGACGUUUGUACAAGCAGUGUCUAAGGAGCUGGUUGGGAAGUUUUUGCAGUUUGUUCAACUUGACAAGGAUGCCUCUGACCCUUUCAGCUUAAAUGAGUUGCUAGAUGAAUUAUCAAGGAAACAGAAAGAAGAAUUAUGGCAAAGAUUGAAGAAUCUGCUAACAGAAAUGUUGUUGGAAAGCCCGGUGGAUGGGUGGCAAUUAGUGGAUGUCCAGUGUCAAGAUAGUAUGGAGACGGAUCAUGGUCCAAAAGUGAAAAAAAGCAUAGAGAUAAUUCAGGCAAUCACAUCUGUGAUUCUGGCUUCUGUGCCAGUGAUCAAUGAGAGUGAGAACUACGAGGCCCUCUUGGAAUGUGCUAUCAUCUUAAACGGCAUUUUAUAUGCACUACCUGAAUCUGAAGGAAAGCUCCAGAGCUCCAUUCAGGAUCUGUGUGUCACAUGGUGGGAGAAGGGCCUGCCUGCCAAGGAGGACUUGGGAAAGACUGCCUUUAUCAUGCUGCUGAGGAGGAGUCUGGAGACUAAAACAGGUGCAGACAUAUGUCGGCUCUGGCGUGUUCAUCAAGCUCUGUACUGCUUUGAUUACAAUUUGGAGGAAAGUAGAGAAAUCAAAGAUAUGCUGCUUGAGUGUUUCAUAAAUGUUAAUUAUGUCAAGAAAGAAGAGGGACGAAGAUUUCUUAGUUCUCUCUUCAAUUGGAAUAUAAACUUCAUUAAAAUGAUCCAUGGAACCAUUAAAAACCAGUUACAGGGAUUACAAAAGCAUUUGAUGGUACACAUUGCAGAAAUUUAUUUCAGAGCUUGGAAGAAGGCUUCAGGGAACAUACUGGAGGCCAUCGAGAGUGACUGCAUCCAGGACUUCAUGUUCCACGGCAUCCACCUGCCCAGGAGGUCUCCAGUGCAUGCCAGAGUGCGGGAGGUGCUGAGUUACUUCCACCGUCAGAAGGCGCGGCAGGGUGUGGAGGAGAUGCUGUACAGGCUGUACAAGCCCAUCCUGUGGAGGGGGCUGAAGGCCAGAAACUCAGAAGUGCGAUCAAAUGCUGCAUUGCUGUUUAUUGAAGCAUUUCCUGUUAGAGACCCAAACUUCCACACCAUGGAAAUGGAUAGUGAAAUUCAGAAACAGUUUGAAGAACUCUAUAGCCUUUUAGAAGAUCCUUAUCCGAUGGUCCGUUCCACAGGGAUCCUUGGUGUUUGUAAAAUAACUUCCCAGUACUGGGAAAUGAUGCCCCCAACCAUCCUUAUUGAUCUCCUGAAGAAAAUAACUGGGGAAUUGGCAUUUGAUACCAGCUCAGCUGAUGUUCGUUGUUCUGUCUUUAAGUGUCUGCCGAUAAUUCUGGAUAACAAACUGAGCCACCCAUUAUUAGAACAGCUUUUGCCGGCACUCAGAUACAGUCUUCAUGACAAUUCGGAGAAAGUGAGAGUGGCAUUCGUGGAGCUGCUGCUGAAGAUCAAAGCUGUGCGAGCUGCCAAGUUCUGGAAAAUAUGCCCCAUGGAGCACAUUCUGGUUCGUCUGCAAAUGGACUCGCGGCCUGUGUCCCGGCGCCUGGUGAGCCUCGUCUUCAACUCCUUCCUGCCCGUGAACCAGCCAGAGGAGGUCUGGUGUGAGCGCUGCGUCACGCUGGUGCAGAUGAACCACGCGGCUGCUAGGAGGUUCUACCAGCACGCCCACGAGCACACCGCCUGCACCAACAUAGCCAAGCUGAUCCAUGUUAUGCGCCACUGUUUAAACGCCUGCGUCCAGAGGGCACUGCGGGAACAGCAGGAGGACCCUGAGGAGCGGGAGAAGGAGAACGUGAGUGUUCUGGACAAAAUGCUGUCGGUGAAUGAUGUUGCGUCCAUGGCAGGUUUACUAGAAAUCAUUGUGAUUCUCUGGAAGAGCAUCCAUAAAAGUCUGGAAAACAAUAAAGAGGCCAAGGUCUAUACUGUCAACAAGUUCGCCUCUGUGCUUCCUGAGUACCUGAAGGUAUUUAAGGAUGAUCGCUGCAAGAUCCCUUUGUUUAUGCUGAUGUCCUUCCUGCCAGCAUCUGCUGUCCCUCCAUUCAGCUGCAGCGUGGUCUCCACCUUGAGGAGCCAGGAGGAGGGCACAGCAGAUAGGAGCUACUGCACCCUGCUGGACUGCCUCUGCUCGUGGGGGCAGGUGGGGCACAUCCUGGAGCUCAUCGAUGACUGGCUGCCCAGGGAGCGGCCCCAGACCCAGAGUCAUCCAGCAUCCAAACGCAAAGUGCAAAUCCAUGACACGCGCCCAGCGAAACCUGAGCUGGCAUUGGUUUACUUGGAGUAUUUGCUGACCCAUCCAAAGAAUAGGGAGUGCUUGCUCUCUAUGCCCUGGAAGAAACUUAACCAUCUUUUGAAAGCACUUGAGAUGUCAAAGGUAGAUCUGGAAUCACUUCUGCGGUCGCCAGGUGGGAAGCCCCCUCACUUCAGCCAAGCAGCUGCCCUGCGAGCCUUCAGUCUGCACUGCCGGCUGAGCAUUCACCUGCAGGUCAAGUUCUGCUCAGAAGGGAGAGUUCAUCUGUCCAUCUUGGAAGACACUGGGUUUUGGCUAGAAAGCAAAGUUUUGCCUUUAAUUCAAGAUCAAGAGGAAGAGCAUCUGAAGCUUCAGAGGGUUGUCUACCAGCAGAUCAUCCAGACCUACCUGACUGUUUGUAAAGACGUCGUCCUGGUUGGGCUCGGAGACCCCCAGUUCCAGAUACAGCUUUUACAGCGGAGUCUUGGAAUCAUGCAGACAGAGAAGGGAUUUUUUUAUGUCUCACUGCUUCUUGGCAUUCUGAAAGAGGUGACAGGAAGUUCCUGCAUUCAGAAACCAGAUCCAGAUGAGGUCAUUACAGUGUUGUAUGAUACAGUCCAGAAAGUGUUUCAGAAAAUGCUGGAAUCUAUUGCACGGAGCUUCAGGGAGCAACCAGAAGAAGGCCUCCAGCUCCUUUACUCUGUCCAGACCCCUCUUCAUGCAUUCAUAACCACCGUGCAGUCCUGGCACCAGGACACUCCUGUCCACCGGGGCGUGCUCUCCACUCUGAUUGCUGCGCCUGUGGUUGAGAUGAGUCACCGUCUGCGGAAGAUUUCUGAUUUGGAAGAGCUCACUCCACCAGAGUGCCUUUCUGACCUUCCCCCGUUUUCAAGAUGCCUGAUAGGAAUAGUAAUAAAGUCUCCGGACGUGGUCAGGUCAUUUCUGGAUGAGUUGAAGGCGUGUGUGAUUUCUGGAGACAUUGAAGGCAUUGUGUGCCUCACAGCUGUUCUGCAUCUUAUUUUGGUGAUCAACAAAGGUAAACACAGAAGUUCCAAAGUAAAGGAGACUGCAGCCACUGUGCACAGAAAGCUGAAGGCCUUCAUGGAGAUCACCCUGGAAGAGGACAGCCUAGAGAGAUUUCUCUACGAAUCGUCAAUGAGGACCUUGGGGGAGCUUCUUAACUCAUGACCAGGCCACCACCUCUUUGGACAUGCCCAGUGGGGAGAAGGGCUCAGAAAGUGAAACAGUGCGUGUGCAUUUCCCCAAGUUUCUAACAUUGAUGAUGGGGAUUGGGGGGUGAGCCGAGACCUCAGAAGUCCUCAAGGUUUGCCCAGGACCUACACAAAGGGUAUGUUUAAUACAAAGGACUCAGGUGUUCAUGGUGCCAAAGUUCAUGGUGCAAAGGGGAAAAGGACACUUCCCAGCAAACCUGGUUGUUUUAAAAAUGAUUUUUUUAUAUAUAAUAUAGCUUGUAAACCAUGAGUAAUAAAGCACUCACCACAUA